AUGUUGUGGGAUAAUCACAAAGAUUCAAUGACUGAUGAUAUAUUGUAUCGACGUCGUACAAGGUGCAACGAUCUAGCAAUAUCAUUCAGUGAUGCAAUGUACAAUGAAGCAUUGAUUGCUAUCGAGGAUCUUUGCAUUGCUAUUGCGAAUUUACCAAUCAGUCAUUUCGGUACGAGCUCACCGAAUCGAAGUGCAUCUGAUUUACUCAACACAGAUAUGAAUCGUGAACUACAGUACGAUACUGUAGAAAUGGCAAGCAUUGUUAGUCGCAAUGUUCCACUACUAAAUAAUGAACAAAAAAUUAUCUACGACCGCAUCAUGCUGGCAGUUUCGGCAGGACAAGAAGGAUUCUUUUUUUUAGAUGCACCAGGUGGAACUGGCAAAACAUUUCUCAUUUCGCUACUUCUUGCCGAAAUACGAUCAAAAAAUGGCAUCGCAUUGGCCGUUGCAUCUUCUGGCAUUGCAGCUACUUUAUUAGAUGGAGGCAGAACAGCUCAUUCAGCAUUUAAGCUGCCGUUGAACAUUCAAAAUAAUCCAGAUGCAGUGUGCAACAUAAAAAAACAAUCGCCUAUGGCCACAGUGAUGAAACAACGUAAAAUUAUUAUCUGGGAUGAAUGCACUAUGGCACACAAACAUUCGCUUGAGGCAUUGGAUAGGACAUUAAAGGAUAUAAAAAACAACGAUAAACUAUUUGGCGGCACUUUGUUACUCCUUUCAGGUGAUUUCAGACAAACACUUCCUGUUAUUCCACGUUCAACGUGGGCUGAUGAAAUUAACGCUUGCUUAAAAUCAUCGCGACUAUGGCGUAAUGUUGAAAAAGUACAACUUACGGUGAACAUGCGCGUUCAAAUGCUUCAGGAUCCAUCCGCCGAAACAUUCUCUAUACAACUGUUAGAUAUUGGCGAUGGGAAAGUUGCUGUACAUGAAAAUACUGGAUGCAUAAAAUUACAGACGAACUUCUGCACAAUCAUCGACUUGCAAAAUACUCUUAUCGAUCACAUAUUUCCCGACGUACACACACAAUAUGAAAAUCAUAAGUGGCUGGCAGAAAGAGCGAUCUUGGCAGCUAAAAAUGUGGACGUCAAUGGGUUAAAUUUAAAAAUACAACAGCUGUUGCCUGGGGGCUUGGUGUCAUACAAAUCUAUCGAUGCAGUUUGCGAUACCAACCAGAUUGUGAAUUAUCCAAUUGAGUUUUCAAAUUCAUUGGAUUCGCCAGGAAUGCCACCACAUCAUUUACAAUUAAAGGUUGGAUCUCCGAUUAUUCUGCUUCGUAACUUGAACCCACCACAGCUAUGUAAUGGCACACGAUUAGUCAUUAAAAAAUUAAUAAAAAACGUUAUUGAAGCCAUCAUCUUGAAUGGCAAGUUUCAAGGCGAGAAUGUGUUGCUGCCACGAAUCCCUAUGAUUCCCACAGAUGUGCCAAUUGAAUUCAAACGCACUCAAUUCCCAAUUAGAUUGGCAUUCGCUAUGACGAUCAAUAAGUCACAAAGACAAACAUUGUCUAUAUGUGGUUUAGAUUUGGAAACACCGUGCUUUUCUCACGGACAACUAUAUGUAGCAUGUUCUCGCGUGGGAAAACCAUCCAGUUUGUUUGUGUUGGCUAAAGACGGACUAACCAAGAAUAUUGUACACUCUAUUGCGCUGAGAGAUUAA